AUGGAUUCCAGCAAGCAGCCCGUCAAGCUCGUCAAGGUGACCCGUGUCCUCGGUCGCACCGGUUCCCGUGGUGGUGUCACCCAGGUCCGCGUUGAGUUCAUGGACGACACUUCCCGCUCCAUCAUCCGUAACGUGAAGGGCCCAGUCAAGGUUGACGACAUCCUCUGCUUGCUCGAGUCCGAGCGCGAGGCCCGCCGUCUCCGUUAA